ACAGAAUCCCAGUCUGCGGGGGCGUCAUUCACUGCGGAGCAUGUCAACAGGAAGUAGUUAAUGUUGGCGGCUUGGGGGAAAUCGAGAAGGCUUUGGUUGACAAGAAACACCCACCAAAAUGGCUGAGUCAGGUGACAGACAAGGCAGGGUGAGGAAGAAAUCUGCUAAAGUUCUGGAGAUGGAGGAGUUUGAAGAGGCAGAGAAGAAACAGUUCACCAAGAAGGGAGCCGUGGAUGUUUCCAAGGCAGUGAAGUCACCAACAGCACCAGCUGUGCCAACAGCUCCAACACUGCCAGCUACACCCAGUCCAACUGACCCACCACCUGCAAAGAAGCCAAAAAUUAAGACAGAAAAAGUAGAGGUCUCUCCUAUAGCUAAACAACUGCCUGUUACACCACCUCAAGUCAAAAGCAGUUCACAGGCUGUAAAAACGGGUCAGACACCCAGCAGUGUCAUCAAGUUCCUGUUGAGCUCACCUGCUAUUCCCACCACUCCAUCUGUCAGCACUAAAGCUGUGACAAAGACUUCGCCCAAUUCUGAACUCAGUCCAGGACAGUUAAGUCCAAAUGUGAAGAAAACACUAAAAGCCAAAGUAAAGCUUGAACCGGGUGGAAUUUUAAUGGAAGAUGAUGAAGAAGAUAUGAUCCUCUCAGAACCUGUGCCAGAGCUCAUUAAACAGGAAGUAGAUAUUAAACCUAAAUUACUUCUAACACCCAAACCACAAGUUCCAACUGCUAUUCCAGUUGUUACUCCCCCCACUGCAUCAUCCAAGCCUAUAGAUGCUGCUGGGAGUAUGGACAGUUUGAAAAUGAAGCUUCUUCUAUCACCGAGGGAAAAAAAGCCAAAGGCUUCUUUUGAACAAAUGCUGGAAUCAGGUAAUCAAGCCACAGCCUUAGCCUUAGCAAAAUCUGUUAAGAAGAAGAAAAAGAAGACAGUUGAUGCCAGUGCUGUUCCUAAAGAACCAUCUACUUCUAAACCUGUCGUUCCGUCCGAGAGUCCGAGUGCAUCUGAGGCCAUGCCCAAUCUGGCUGCUCUGGUUACGUCCGGUAAAAAGAAACAUUCGAGUAAGAAGAAGGUAAAGCCUGCUCAGACCCCUGGACCGGCCACCCCCAGCAUGGACACGAAUCUGGGCGCUUCUUUUAACUCCAGCAAACUGAGUGACAGUCCAAUAGACGUGGAGUAUGAACCAAAUCUGGUCAUCGCUGAUGAUGGAGAUAAAGUCAAAUCCAAGAAGAAGCUGAGUGGAAGUGGUAGCAAGGCCAAGAAGAAGCAUGGUCAAGAAACGGGUAGUGAAGGUUCUCAUCCGGCGCCACCUGAAGGAGACAUAGCUGCACUUGCUGCCAAGGUGAAGGUUGGAGACAAGAAGAGUGGGAAGAAGAAAGAGAAAGAGAAGGAGAAAGAAGAAUCUGACCUGCUUAGUAAGAAACGGAAACGCCCACCUACAGCCUACACUCUUUACUGUAAUGCUCAUCGGGCUAAACUAGUCGCUGAAAACCCAGGCAUUGAUUUUGCCCAGAUUAGCAGGCGUCUUGGAGAGAUGUGGCAGACAUUAACAAAGAAAGAAAAAUGGUGUUGGAAAAGGAAAGCCAAGAAGAUGGCUGGGAAGGGUUCCACCCUCAUCAGCACAGGGAAGGGCAACAAGCCCAAACCUACAGUCUCCACACCCCCUGCCCCAGCUACACCCACUGCACCUACCCUGCCUGUUGCUAAGCCCAUGGUGCCACACCAGGGGCCUCUACUGUAUUACAUAGCCAAUUUACUUCAGGGGAGGAGUAAUUGGCACUCAGUCCCAUCAAGGUGUGGAUUUGGAACAGAGCCUGUUGAUGUGGCGGCCCAUCUGAAGCUUCUUGGGGAGUCUCUCAGUAUCAUUGGGAUGAGGCUGCAGGAACACAAGGGUCUGAUAGCGGUGCAGGGUAGUAUGUCCGUGCUUCUAGACUCACUACUGUGUUCAUUCGGACCUCUCAUGUGUCUCACACAGCAGGUGCCGGAAAUCAAUGGCUGCUCACGAUCCACGCAUGGCAAAACACUUGAUAACAUCGCCUAUGUCAUGCCAGGACUAUGAUGACCAGUGACUUGUAUCAUUGCACAGUGAUGACAGACUUGUAUCAAUGUUCAUCAGAUUCAUUAUUGCAUUGUAUGUGACCAUGGUUUUCCAAACUGGAACUGACAGUUGUUCAAUAUCUGCUAUAAAUUAGUAGAAAAUGCAAUCUGGUCAUUCUGUUGUUCAACUACGUUGGAUGUUUGCUGAUUUUUAGAAAGACCUUUUUGAAAAGAAGUGCUACAGAUAUCUUAGUUUGGAAAUAUGAUUUCGUAUCCAGUGCAAUUAAGUAGAAUCGGUAGGUAAAAUAUACAAAUUGAUCACUCAUAUACAGACAUAUAAAAAAUUUAGUUUCAUUUGUAUGAAGGAAUGGCAGAAAGAACAGUGCUGUGAAGUAGGUCACUGAUGUCAGCAUCCAAAGCAUAGUUCCACAGAGCGAUCUUAGCGCUAAGGUGAUUGUAUUUCCAGGGUCCAGACCCACAAAGCAUUUGUAACGUUACGACCUGUUGUAACUACAGCUUUCCAUAGGCUUAUGAAUGUCGUAGCGCUACGAAUGCUUGUGCUUUAACGUAGGCUGAGUGUUUAUCGUAUUGUUUAGAUCUGUUCGUGGAACGCGGCCAAGAGGUAAAUGAUUGUUACAUCAAAGUGUGCUAAUUGUUGAUUAAGAACGUCCAUCAUGUUGUUGUCAUUAUUUAUCAUUAUAAAUAAAACAUCAUCAUUCUCUA